GUAAAUGCCAGGAGGUAAUGGGCAUCUAAAUGAUAACCUAAAAUUAAAUGAAAUUGUUUAUUUGGGUUCUCAUAAUUUUGCAAUGUCAAAAUGUUAUGGUUGGGUAUAUGCAUAAUAGAAUGUUAAUACUAAUGAACAAUUUACAAAAUAUGGAGCUAGACACUUUAAAGUACCUUUACAUUGGUAUUAAGAUGGCAAUAAUUCUGAAGUAAGUCAAAUUUUCAUACAUAGAUUGUAGUUGCUCAUGAAUCAGAUGGAGGUUCUAAUUGUAAAUUAACCAUAUUAUAAAGAGCUUUAAAAAAACCAGAAAAAGCAAGUUUGCGUUUAAAAGAGAUUGUAGAUUUAUCUUUUUAACAUCCAAAUGAAAUCAUCAUUCUAAAAAUUGAAAGCAAAUUAUUGUAUAAUUCUAAAAGAAAUGGAACUAAAGAAUGGGAUUCAAGACUUGUAAGUGUCAUGUUACAUAGUUUAUUAAAAGAAAUAAGAGCAGAUUAAAGGGCAAUUAGAAUUAAACCAGGUAAUGAACUUCCAACUUUGGGUUGGUGUAGAAAUAAUCAAUAGACUUUAUUAAUUACUAUAGAACCUAAAGAAUAAAUAAUUGGUGAAUUAUAAAAUUACACUUAUUAUUCAUAUUUAUUAAGUGCAUAAGUUGAUUGGGAAAUAGAUCCUUUAGAAGAUGUAAAAAAUGGUGACAUAGCUAGAGGCAGAGUAAAUAAAUAGACAGAGGAAAUAUUGUCUCCUUUUUUAGAAAUCCAUUUUUGUCCAUAAAAUUCCUUUAAGUAAUAUUUUAUAUUUUAUAAAAAGAUUUGAUUCCUCCUAUAAAAAGAAUUACAACAGCUACAAUCAUGUAAGAAAAAGAUUCUUGUAAUAUUAUUUCAAAUGCAUGAAAAUGCCCAAUUUUUUAGUUGCUGAUUUUAUCGAUUAAGGGGGAUUAUCAGAUAUUGUUGAUGAUGUUAAUUUAAUAAUAAAUUCUAACGAUAUUUUUUUGCCAGAACUUUUUUAAGUGUUGUGA